AAAAAAACUUGUAUGCAUGCGUGCUGUCAUGCAAGGGCUAACAUACGCUUUUGUCUGAGUAUGAAAAAGAAGUGCAAUCCACCAUGUUAAACACAACAGUUGAUCUUUCUGCGUCUCAUUGCAACACAGAAGAAGGUAGAGUAGAAAAGUGGCGAUUUUUUCAACAGGAACUCCGACGCAAUACGCAAACAGCAAAAAAGAUGGAUGCGGCGGCGGCGGCGGCGGCUCGGCACGUGGUAGCCGUACCGUACCCGGGCCGCGGCCACAUCAACCCCAUGCUCGUCGUGUGCCGCCAGCUCGCCGCCGCGGACAGCGCCCUCACCGUCACCAUCGUCGUCACGGAGGAGUGGCUCGCGCUGCUGGCCUCUGCGGGGGUGCCCCCCACUCUUCCCGAGCGCGUCCGCCUCGCCACCGUUCCCAACGUCAUCCCCUCCGAACGUGACCGCGGCGCCGACCACGUCGGAUUCAUCGAUGCCGUGCGCGACAAGAUGCGGGAGCCAUUCGAGAGGCUGCUCGACCGGCUGGUGUUGGAGCGGAGGCCGGUGGCGAUCCUGGCCGACACCUACCUGACGUGGGGGGUGGCGGUCGGCGCGCAGCACGGGAUACCUGUGUGCUCGCUGUGGACCAUGCCAGCCACGUUCUUCUUGGCGCUCUACCACCUGGACCGGUGGCCGCUGGCGGAUGGCCGUGAGGGGGAAGAAGAACAAAGCUGCAAGUCAUUGGAUCAAUAUGUCCCAUUCCCAGCCCUCUCACAAGUAAAAUGUUCUGAUAUCAAUAUCUUCCCCUCCUGGGAGCUGUCAAUGAAACGAUCGGCCGAAGUGUUCUCUAACGUUCGCAAAGCACAGUGUGUCCUCUUCACCUCUUUCUAUGAGCUUGAAGCCUGUGCCAUCAAUGGAAUAUCACAAGUGGUUCCAUACCCCAUAUAUACAGUUGGUCCUUCAAUUCCGCAUAUGCCUCUUGAACGUCACACGGACAAGAUUCACCAUGAGAAAUACUCCAAUUGGUUGGAUGCCCAACCAAAAAACUCAGUGUUGUACGUCUCAUUUGGUAGCUAUGUGUCAUUGUCAACCUCUCAGUUGGAAGAGAUUGCCAUUGGGCUGCAUGACAGUGCAGUUAGAUUCUUCUGGGUGGCCCGGGACAACGCUACCACCACCAGUCUACAUCAUAUCUCUGGUGACAAGGGCUUGGUGGUGCCAUGGUGUGACCAGCUGAAGAUCCUGUGCCAUCCCUCGAUCGGUGGCUUCAUGAGCCAUUGUGGGUGGAACUCGACCCUGGAGGCCGUGUUCGUGGGAGUGCCUCUUCUUGCCUUUCCUGUUGCUUGUGAUCAAUUGGUGAAUGGUCGGCUUGUAGCCAAUGAAUGGAAGACCGGCAUCAACUUGAGGGAGCAGAAAAGGGAGGAUGGUAUUGUUAGCAGGGCUGCAAUCUCUGCUGCUGUGACAAAGCUAAUGGAUUUGGAUAAUGGUGAUAGCCAAGAGAUGAGAAGAAGAGCUGCAGAAUUGCGUGACGCUUCACGUAGCGCAAUUCAGGAAGGUGGAUCAUCGUGGUCUGCUUUGGACAGUUUCGUGAAAUAUCUCAUUGAAAGAAGUCUCAAUGCUGCAAAAACUUCUCACUAGUUUUUGCUUCAUCAAGUACGUACAGUUGGGGAACAAAGAAAUGUUGCUUAUAGCAAAAAAUGAUGCACUCCUGCACUGCAAAGACUAAUAUCAACUAUCAAGGCCCCAAUUCAGAUAUGAACUUUUGCUUCAAAACAUUCAGAUGAGAUUCAUCUCAUGUUGAAUAAUUACUCAGUUUGGCUUGAUAAGCCACUUGUACCUUUCACCUUGUAUAACCUCAGUUCUCAGUUGGAGAAGAGUGAUAAUGAUCUCACAAAAACUCUGUGCUCAUGCAGAAACUUGUUAGUAAUUUCUGCUUCAUAUAACAGUUGGGAAAUAAUGAAGAGCUUGUAUUUUAUUAA